AUGGCGGAUGAGCCACGCACUGACGCGAGCACGACACGGGAGGCAAAGCCCUACCAAAUCCUGGACGACCAGGAUGAAGACAGAAGCGAGGACGAGGAGGAACGUGUAGCGGCAGCCAUGGCAGAAAAGGACGAAGGGAAUAGGCUACACGCGCAGGCCAAGUAUAAAGAUGCAGCUGCGCACUACACACAAGCAUUGAGGCUCGCUCCUCCGCUCCACCCCUCUCGUGCGAUCUUCUACGCGAACCGCGCUGCCUGUCGCGUCGCUGCUGGGUGUACACCCAGCCCCGAGGACUAUGCGGAAGUGAUAAAGGACUCAACGGAGGCCCUCCGAAUCGAUCCCACCUACACGAAAGCGCUGGUGCGACGCGCGCAGGCCUACGAGGGCACCGACAAACUCACAGACGCCCUCAAAGACUUUGAAGCUGUGCUGGCACUGGAUGGCUCAAUCAGGCAGGCACGGGAGGGAAAGCAGCGACUGCCAGCUGCCAUCGCAGAGCAACAGCAGCGCGAACAAGAGAAGAUGCUCGGCCAACUGAAGGACCUGGGCAACAGCUUGCUGGGUAAGUUUGGGCUCUCACUGGACAACUUCAAGGUCGACCAAAACGGUGGCGAGGGGGGCAACUCGUACUCUGUCAAGUUUGGCCAAUGA